UUCCCCUAUCUAAGUAUACUAAACAAACUAGAGGGCGGCUUUACUCGUGACAGCAUGUUAAACCAGAGGCGGUACUACAAUAAGGAAGGAAAAUCUGACAGGAACAAGAGAAGUCAGAUCUGCUGAACUAGAAGGUAAAGUGGCGAAACCGACUCUUGCUAAAGCUUGGAAAUCCCCCACUCCUUGAAAAUCACAUUUAUUGGGCUGAAGGACACUAAAACCACGCUGGUUAGUACUUCCAAUGGCAGGAAUCCAGUCCAGAUCAAAUGUAACCAUUGAACUGAACAUGGAUAAUCAGGUUCCUUCACAAAAGAGAGAAUCAAAGACACUGGUUGAUGCCAUGAAAGGUGGUAUAGGUGUUUGUGGCUGGGUUCUGCUCAUCGUAUCUGCUUUGUUUAUGGUCAUUACCUUCCCACUUUCCAUCUGGUUCUGUGUUAAGAUAAUUAAAGAAUAUGAACGGGCCGUUGUAUUUCGCUUGGGUCGUAUCACAUCAGGAAAACCCAGUGGCCCAGGACUGAUGUUCAUUCUGCCCUGCACUGAUACUUUCAUUAAGGUGGAUUUGAGGGUGAUAUCAUUUGCAAUCCCACCACAAGAAAUCCUUACUAAAGAUUCCGUCACAACAACAGUGGAUGGCGUUGUAUAUUAUAAGAUUUACAAUGCGAUAAAAUCUGUGGCCAAUGUUCACAAUGUUCAUCUAGCUACUGCCCAGCUGUCCCAAACCACUCUGAGGAACAUUCUAGGGACACAGACCCUCGCCAGCAUCUUGUCAAACCGAGAGGAUAUCGCCCACAAUAUUCAGUCAAUUCUGGAUAAUGCCACCCAUGAAUGGGGGGUGAAUGUGGAACGGGUAGAAAUGAGGGACGUUCGUCUACCAGUGCAGAUGCAGAGGGCCAUGGCGGCUGAGGCUGAAGCUGUUCGAGAGGCCAGAGCUAAGGUAGUAGCAGCAGAAGGGGAGAUGAAUGCCUCUCGGGCUCUGAAGGAAGCUUCAAUAGUGAUCUGUGAAUCUCCGGCAGCUCUACAACUGCGCUACCUCCAAACUUUAGCCACGAUCGCUACCGAGAACAAUUCCACCAUUAUAUUCCCAAUCCCCAUUGACAUGCUGCAAGGCCUGUCUAGGAAAUGACCAGGUUUAGACCCAACUGUGGAUUUAAGCACAUUGUAAAUCGAAUGCUUGGCCAAUAAUACAGGGGUUGUUAAAUAGUCCCAGAAAUAACGUUUGUAUAUAUAGUGUAAAGAUAUUGUGAAAAUGUUUUAUGGCUCUUGUUUAAAUAUUUAAAUUGAGUUUACACAUGUAAAUAGGCUGGAUUUGCUUUUUUAAUGCUCUCCGCAUACUCCAAGUCAAUAACCACAUUUACUAUAUAAACAAAUUUGGUCUGAUCCAGUAAUAGUGGACUAGAUGCUGACCCAUUAUAGCAAAUUUUUCUCAUAGUUGGGUAGGUUUUUGCCAAACACUGGCAACAUACAGUCAGAUUUUCCCCAAAAAUAUUGCAUUCAUCUAGUAUGAUGGACUACCCAAACAAUCUACUAAAAGGGCAAGGAAAACAUUUUUCUGAAGGACUCUAUACCCUUUUUGUCUCUCCCCCAUGUGCUAAUUUACCCCUCUCCCUUUUCCUCCAAGAUCUUUACUUACCUAGUCCUGUUGGCAUGUCUGGCCGUGUCCAGUCGUAAUCUAUACCUUGGCCCGUCAUUCCUCUUUUUCCUGUGACGUGACAUCUGAGAGCCCCCUCUGUAUGGGCCCUUUAUUAACCAAAAUGUAGACAAGUUGAAUAUCUUACCAGUCUGCUAUCCAUCAAUGUCCCUGAGACACUGGCGGGACCAUUUCUGCAUCCAAGUCUUAGGCUUAGCUCAUGACAUUAUGAGUUACUUAUUAAACAUCUGGAUUGCAUUAACAGUUAUUUAAGCUCCGCAGACUUUUUACAUGUGAUGCAAGACUUUUCCAUCCAGCAGUAUUUGGCAGGUUGCCUAAUUUUAAAGUCUAUCCCUAAAGAUGAGGGCUUUUAAGACCCCUAAAACUAAUUGGCAUGUUUUGUGGACACUUGAACCAUAACAAGGAUGCAAUUUCAAAAUAAUUGACUUGUGACUCGAUACUAUCAAAUUAGAUUAUUAUUUGAUUUAGAAAGGUGAAUAAUUCAAAAUACUGCAUAUGAACUGCUGUGCAUGCUGAUUGGCUAUAGCAGCGGGUCCCAGCAUUCUAUAAUGGUCGGUCCCUACAUUCCUAUGAGCCAUUAGAAGAUAGGCAAAUAUAUCCCGUCCAUCAUUCUCAGGAAAAUACCUAUCCAUCGAUGUAAAAUUUGCUCAUAGGUACUUUUAGAUGAUUCAUAGACGAAUAGUGUAGCUAAUCAAUAAUCUCAGUUUCACUGCAUUUAUUGAUUACAUUUAAGGCCAAUUCACACCAGAACGCGGUGCAGGAAACCUGCAUUCUUUGUGCUUUUACCACACUGCAUUCAAAAAAGAACUGCGAUCUGCAGUGGACGUCAAUCAAUGACACCCCAAACGCAGGUUGACAUAUAUUUUCUUAAAGGGUUAUAAAAGAUUUAAAAAUCAUUAUUAUUUUUUUUUUAAUAUAUACUAUGAUUUAGAAAAUAAAUGUACUAACAAAACAAAUGUCCAUAUGUACAAACCUUAAGCAUAAUUUCUAAUUAUAAAUCUGCUGCUAAUGAAGCAUAUUCAUGAUUUAGGUCUUUAAUGAAAUAAACAUGACAUUUUUAAUAGCAAA